CAGGAACUUGAAGCCAUAAACGGAGAUCUCGGGCAGGAACUGUCGAACCUGGAGUCCAAAUUCCGGUGUGCACAGGAAGCCGCACUUUUAUCUCUCUCUCAGAGAAGAUGUGUUUCCAUGGAGGACAGCACGAUCCGGGCCAAAUUCGAGACACUGCAGGAUCAGAUCCGCUCGUGGGCCAGGAAGUACAGUGCCUCCGCUCUUGCCGAUCUAGAUCAAAUCCCACGCGAAAGCAAGACCACAAUUCUGCGCCUUCUAGGACCGAUGUGUGCCACUUCUGACUGGGAUAUACUUCUUGAAAGAUUGGCGGUUUCUCAGAACAGAAUUCCGGCACUCCUGAUGCAAGCGCUGCUAGCGAGGCAUAUAAUGAGCGAAAUGUUCAAGAACCCUUUUUUCGCUUUCGUCGGGUCAAGCGAUCCCUGGCCCAGUGCUGCGCAACUAGGUCAUAUGUAUGCCGUUAUGAAAACUGUGGAUCAGGCGGAGGCCCAUAUGUGGCGCUCACACACGCUACAGAUGUUCACCGAUAGCUCUCAUCCCAGCCUUGAUUUGCGUGUUCAGAAAUUGAGUCACUUUAGUCGCACAAUGGCUGCGCGGUUUUUGAAUUGUGGAGGCAGGCACAUUCUACGCUCAAUUAAGGAUGAAGACGAAGAGCGCAGGCGCUUCAAAGACCUCGAAACUGUGUAUCGAAUGGCUGGCGACCUGGCAUUGUCACUGUGGACAAUCCGAACAGACAUGCGUUGCCUCACCCUAAAGCAUCUUCCAGAAUUCCAGAGUUCAAACGGCCUGAUGUGCACACACCGACUACACCAAUUAGAUGAGUAUGACCAACGGCUGGAUGGCCAGAAUGUCAUACUAUGUGUUCAACCGGCCAUCGUGGCAUAUGGAAAUGAGAAUGGAGAACACUACGAUCAAUCCAAGGUGUGGGCUAAGUCUGUUAUGUUGAUGGAGGAA